CAAGGGACGGCCAUCCCUUCUCAAGGAAUCUUGACAACUUGCAUACAACACACUUGUCGAUAUUUCUGCUGUUUUCAAUCCAUCAUCAUGGUCAAGAUAGGUCCGCCUCGAGAUGCCAAUUCUGGCGAGCAGCCAUCAACUCUCUACUCGCUCAUCAUGACACCCAUCAACAUCACGGUAUUCCUCCUGUCGCUGUUCCUGGUCGAUCUCCGCUAUACCCAGGGCCGCAUCAACCGUUAUGGCGACGGCGACAACGGUGGUGGUCGGAGCUCUCGGUGGAUGCCCCGGUGGUUCACCCAGCCGUAUCAGCACAUUGGGCACACUGAUCACGAUGCCCACGGCAGCUGGCACUAUCACAGCAAGCAGAAGAAGUUGAUGAAGAUGGAGGCCGACGAGGCCUUUCAGAUGCGGAGCACCGUGCUCGUGCUGCUGGCCGUCAUGGUGGCCCUGGGCACGAGUGCAGCCUGGUAUCUCACAAGCCGUCUAUAUCACGGCGUCGUUUCCCUGGCGGCGGCCUCUGCGGACAACACUACCAUGCCGCAGCCGGGGUUGUCAACAUGA